AUGUCGUCUUAUCGAUAUGAAUAUCGUCUUAUAGAUAUGUGGAGUGCUCACUUGAAUCACUGCUUCUUGAAAAACGACAUUAUAGUGGUGAAGGUUGCCAAGACCCUGUUAACUCCAAUCGGCAUUUGGCCGCUCUACCGCGGCAAUUCCACCUCUGACAAGAUCAAGACUUACCUUCAGACAAGUGUAAUAUUCUGCUUCAUAUGCUUUUUGCUUAUUCCGCACAUCAUAUACACCUUCGACGCGGAGGACUUGAGUAGAUACAUGAAGGUCAUAGCCGCUCAAGUGUUCAGCCUGCUCGCCAUCAUUAAGUUCUGGACGAUAAUCAUCAAUAGGGAUGGCAUUAGAUAUUGCUUGCAACAGAUGGAGAUCCAAUACAAAGACGUAGAGUGCGAGGAGGAUCGACUGGUGAUGAUGAAGAGCGCCAAGAUUGGUAAGCUCUUUACUAUAACUUACCUGGGAUUGUCAUACGGCGGUGCUUUAUCUUAUUACAUAAUCAUGCCAUUAUUGGCAGAGAGAGUCGUGAAGGAAGACAAUACAACACAGAUAUCUUUACCAUAUUUAAGUGAUUAUAUCUUCUUCGUGGUAGAAAACUCGCCGUUUUACGAGAUCCUUUUCGUCUCGCAAAUAUUAAUCAGCAGUAUUAUCCUUUCCACUAACUGCGGCGUUUAUAGCUUGAUCGCUACCUGUGUGAUGCAUGCUUGCUGUUUAUUCGAAAUCGUUCGUAGACAACUGGGAACAGUCCUCAACGAUGGAACCAAUCACUUGCACAAACGACUCGGCCGCAUAAUCGAAAAUCAUAUACGAGCCAUUAGGUAAGAAAAGCUUAGAAGCGCUUUGUAUGGAUUAUGAUUUUUUCAUCAGAUUUUAUAAAAUAUAA